AUGAAGUUUGCCACAACCUACUCCUACGCCGUAGCCCUCCUCGUCGGACUGGCCACCGCUUCUCCGCUAGCCGACCCGUCCGUCGCCAGACGAAGCGUAUUGACCGCUUCCGAUUUCCAGGACGAACGAGUGCUGCUUGUCGGCUGCCUUGAGGAUUCCUGUCAACCCGACGGGCCAGCUGCUUUCUCGAACUGGGCCACCUCGUUGGUGAGCCGGAUCGAGGGCAAGGCAGACCUUGACAAGGCCUUGAAGGAGUGCAAGCGUGGCUGUGUCCGGGGCGUCUUGAGCGGUAUCGGGCCGCAGUCGGGUACGGAGGAAUUAUUUGAAAAGGAGGAAAAUGAGCAAUCAUGA